CGAGCCCGGCGGUCACGUGGGGCGGGCGCUGCCGUUGCUGCUGCUGCUGGUGCCGCCGCUGCCAGGCGCCGCGGGUCCCGUGCGGUCGGCCCGCCGCUCCGCCGCCCCUCCUCCUCCUCCUCCUCCUCCUCCUCCUCCUCCUCCUCCUCCUCUCCCCCCCCCCCCCCCGCCGCAUGUCGCUGGCGGCGCGCCCCGCUCCCCGUCAGCCGACCGCCGACCGCCGCCUCCUCCUCCUCCACCGCCGCGACCGCUGCCGCCGCCGCCGCCCUUGAUGUGGUUCGGGGCCGGGCGGGGAGAAGAUGCCGCCGUCCAAGUCCCGCAAGAUCGCGAUCCUGGGCUACCGGAGCGUGGGAAAAUCUUCACUGACAAUUCAGUUCGUGGAAGGACAGUUUGUUGAUUCGUAUGAUCCAACCAUAGAGAACACUUUUACAAAACUGAUCACAGUAAAUGGCCAAGAAUAUCAUCUUCAGCUGGUUGACACUGCUGGUCAAGAUGAAUACUCCAUAUUUCCUCAGACGUACUCCAUAGACAUCAAUGGCUACAUUCUUGUUUAUUCAGUCACGUCAAUAAAAAGUUUUGAAGUGAUAAAAGUUAUCCAUGGCAAGUUAUUGGAUAUGGUGGGAAAAGUCCAAAUACCCAUUAUGCUGGUUGGAAAUAAAAAAGACCUGCAUAUGGAACGGGUGAUCAGCUAUGAAGAAGGGAAAGCUUUAGCAGAAUCCUGGAAUGCAGCUUUCUUGGAAUCUUCUGCUAAAGAAAAUCAGACUGCCGUUGAUGUUUUUAAGAGGAUAAUUUUGGAGGCAGAAAAAAUUGAUGGGGCAGCUUCACAAGGGAAGUCUUCAUGCUCAGUAAUGUAAUUCCACUGCAAAACCUGAAAACACUGGGAAUACAUUCUACCUGAAGAAGCAAAACUGCCCAUUAUCUUUAAGGAUAAACUAUGCUUCUUUUUUUUUUUUUUUUUUUAUUUUUUUUUCUUCUGUUAACCUGAAAGAUAAACAGUUGGUUUGGAGCCUUUCCCUUCAGAUUAUGUUAAACUCUGACUCCUGUGCAAAUGGCUUCACUUCCAUUUUCAAAUUUUAAGCAAUCAUAUUUUCAAUUUAUAUAUUGUAUUUCUUAAUAUUAUGACCAAGAAUUUUACUGGCAUUAAUUUUUCAGUGUAGUUUGUUGGUUAGAAUAAUCAUCAAAAUGAUGCAUAUUGUUACACUACUAUUAACUAGGCUUGGAUAUCAGUGUUUCUUUGUGUUAAAUGUAUACUUGUAAAUAAAAUAGCUGCAAACCUUAAA